AUGGCUGCCGCCGGGUGUGAUCACUACGUCCGCAGCUGCUUAUUGAAAGCCCCCUGCUGUGGGAAACUGUACGUGUGCCGGCUGUGCCAUGAUGCAGAGGAAAACCACCAGAUGGAUCGAUUCAAAGUCCGAGAAGUGCAGUGCUCUGGGUGUCUGACUGUGCAGCAGGCGCAGCAGACUUGCCAGCAGUGUCAUGUGCAGUUCGGGGAGUAUUACUGUGACAUUUGCCACUUAUUCGACAAGGAUAAGAAGCAGUACCACUGUCUACCUUGUGGAAUAUGCAGGAUUGGCCCCAGGGAGAAAUAUUUCCAUUGUGACAAGUGCAAUCUGUGUUUAGCUCAGGAUCUUCAGGGAAACCACAAGUGUGUUGAAAAUGUGUCACGGCAGAACUGUCCAGUGUGCAUGGAGGAUAUUCACACGUCCAGAAUUGGGGCUCAAGUUCUACCAUGUGGUCAUCUGUUACACAAGACCUGCUUUAAUGCCAUGAUCAGAACAGGAGCGUACCGCUGCCCUCUGUGUAUGCAUUCUGCCUGGGCCAUGGAGGACCACUGGGAACAGAUCGACGUAGAGAUUGCUCAGUCACCGAUGCCCACUGAAUACCAGGGUGCUACUGUCAAAAUUAUUUGUAACGACUGCCAAGCUCACUGCACGGUGCCUUUCCAUGUGCUGGGCAUGAAGUGCACCGGCUGUGGCUCCUACAACACGGCACAGGAGGGAGGACUCAUCCAGCCGCUUCAACCACAACCACAACAGCCAGAGCAGGAGGUUGAGGAUGAGGAUGAGGAUGAGGCAGACACAGAGCCAGAGCCAGAGCCCGAGCCCGAGCCCCAGCCCGAGCAGCAAGAUCAACCCGAGUAACUCGUGCCACAUUAUCAGUUCAACCUAAAUGACUUUGACUGGUCCCCUUCAUUGUUGAAAUUAUAUUGAUUGCAACAGUUGGCAGAGCCAACAUUCUGUGAUUUUAUAUAUACAGCAGUGGCAAAAUGUUGUGAGAAAGACACAAAUAUAAAUGUUCACAAAGUC